UUAUUUGUUGGUGUGUGGGCCAUGGGCACGUGGGUGUGGAGAUGAAGGGCUAGGAUGUUGCUUGUGAUGCAUUAGGUUGAAGAAGGAAGAAAGUUGAAAGUUGAAGGCACCAUAAAUAAUCCACUGAGAGAUUCACAUUUUCCAUUCGAACAAAAGUGAGCAAAGGGACCAAGUCGUAUAGCUUCCAUUCCAUGACCAUGAGUGACGCCAAUGAGUGGCUCCAAUUCUACCACCAACAAAACAUCCCACCGCCACCUAAUAAUUCUCUCCUUCCAUCUUCUGUUUCCGACGCAACAGCCGUCGCAACCACCUCCCCCCAACUUGGGGUCAACCCGGAGGCCCGAGUGUCCAAGCCCAUCCGCCGACGCUCCCGGGCUUCCAGGCGAACCCCCACCACCUUGCUCAACACAGACACCACCAACUUCCGGGCCAUGGUGCAACAGUUCACGGGCGCACCUUUUCCGGCAACUCCGUCAACAGCAUCGGGUUUCCCGAACAUGGGUUUGGCGUUUGGGUCCCGGUCGGUUCAUGUGAACCCAAAUGGGCUCAUGUUAGCCCCUUCUGCCUCCAGCUUGCAGCAGCAGCAGUACAUGCAUAUGUAUGGUGGUAAUAACAGCAUCAUGAGCAGCCAAGUUGGAGAGAGAGCUCCUCCGAAUGUUAGUGGAGAGAUGAUGGGUCAGGGUGAGGGAGGGCGUUUCUUCCCAGCUACUUCUUCUUCUUAAUUUGCAGUGAGCUCCGUCUCCAUCUCCAGUAGGAACAGGGGUUGGAGGGGUUGCUGCUUUCUUCCCUCAGAUAGUGACAUAAAGCAGGCAAUUAGGUGCUCUAACUUGGCGAUUAUUGUUGACCAACCCCUCUCCCUUGUUUAUGUCUAUUACUAUUCAUUAUUAUAAUAUUAUAGGCAUUAGG